CUGAUGUCGGCAAAUGUGAAAUCUCGCCGACAAAUCAUGAUUUAAGAUUUUCAUAGCCAUUUUUUCCGGUGUUUAGGUGAACUUGAGAUAUGCAAGAUAUACAGCCGAUCGGAGGUGGAGGAGGGCGGUUUUUCGGCGGCGGUGGUGAUCGGAGACUAAGGCCUAACAAUCACCCAAACCACCAGGCAUUGAAGUGUCCUCGUUGCGAUUCUCUCAACACUAAAUUCUGUUACUAUAACAACUAUAAUCUCUCUCAGCCACGUCACUUCUGUAAGAGUUGCCGGAGGUACUGGACUAAAGGCGGCGUACUCCGUAACGUCCCCGUCGGUGGUGGUUGCCGGAAAAGCAAGCGUUCAAAGCCGAAAUCAACUACUGCCGACGCUGCCGACGAUGCACUGGAGGAACAUAAGUCUGAUACUAAUUCUAGUAGUGAGAGUUCCAGUCUUACUGCUACGACAACGGCGGCUGCGGCAGCAACAGCGAAUACUUCCGGCGCUGCAACUACUGAAGAUGUGUCGGCAACUUCUUCCUACUCUGCUUCAACUUAUCUCAACUUUCCGGAGUCCAAUUUCUUCAUACCUCACAGUAAUAACCAAACCUUCGAUGAUCAGCCAUUAAUGGAGAACUCAGUUGAAGAUCAGUUUCAGGAUAUCGGAAACUUCACAAGCAUGAUUACGUCAUCGAAUGAUCCAUUUAACAUGGUUGAUAUUCCUGCUUACCGGUUGCCGGAGAACCAAAACUCAAAUGAGCAAUGGAAUACAGAGACGAAGAUGGUGGGAACAUUGCCGACAUCCGGUGAGAUGAAGAUGGAACAGAUGAGUACGGGUUUUUUGAAUCAAACGGGUCGGGUUGAUGAGUAUCCCGGGUUACAACAUCAGAGCAGGUUAAACAACAGUAGUGAACUCGCUUCACUGAAUUGGCAAACUGGUGGAGCAGUUGAUGGUGGUGGAGGUGGAGAUCAUGGAUUUUAUGAUCUAACGGGUACCGUUGAUCAUCAAUCUUACUGGAGUCAAACACAGUGGGGUGAAAAUGAUAACUCUCUUAAUUUUCUCCCUUGAUGUUAUCACGUUUCUAACAAAAAACAUCAAACAAAACAAUUGAAGUGAAAGGAAAAAAAAAAAUUGGAGAGGUACAAGAGAAAUAUGCUUAUAUCUGUUUAACUAUGUUGGUAUGUAUAUUCAUUUUUCAUAUUUUUAAAUUCGGUUCUUGUUUUUAUUUGGCUGGAGUUAGGGUUUGAAAUUUGUAAUUUCUAUCAUGCAAAUGUAACUAACCACUCCACGCUAUUUACUUUUUUUUUUUUUU